AUGGACGUAUGUGGGUUUGCUGUCUGUCUGCUUGUCAUCUGUGUGCGUUAUAUGGAGCACUUCAACACCACCAUCUCUACUAUACCUCCUAUAUUGCACUUCUACUGGGCUUGUCAUCUGUGUGCGUUAUAUGGAGCACUUCAACACCACCAUCUCUACUAUACCUCCUAUAUUGCACUUCUACUGGCAGCGCCGCAUCUAGGAGAUACGGAUGCCGUCGUCGGCCCCGGUCGGUCUCUGUCCACCGCCAUCGAUGGCAGCUCGAUAUUUUUGGAGCGCUGCCAGGCCAGGACCGUGCCUCAUCUACCCGGCUUCGGUGUUUUUCCGACUCUAUCACUUUCAUCCGUACGGAUCAUUCCGCCCCUCGUCCCUCCUCCCCGAUCUCUAUCCGAUUUCAUCCCGCAGCGUUUUGACGUUUGUCGAGUGGUGUGUUUCUGUCGGUCGGCACGUUCUGCCUUCAUUCGUCAGUGUGUUGCAUUGAUCGAUGACUUGAUUCAUUCAGUCAUCAAUGCUGUAUAUUCGACAACCAGUUACAAUAGUGAGCUUCCUGAUCACAUUGAGUUUCUGCGUUUGCAUUACUGA